UGUGACUACAACUCCCAACAUGACCUGACAACCCAAACUGUAGGCGUAUGUAUGAGCCCUGACUGUAUGGCUGUAGGUGUAUGUAUGAGUCCUGUGUGUGUGUUCAUAUGUCUGUGAUCUGCAAGCUCUGACUCUUUUAAAACUACAACUCCCAGCAUCCUCUGUCUUAGGUGUGUAUGAGCCCUUAGUAUAUCUCUUGGAGCAUCAGCGACACAACUCGGGACGAUGGCAGAAGAGGCUGGACCCGUGGAUGUUGAUGGCAGCAUUAUGGAGGGGGGAGGUCAGAUCCUGCGUAUCUGCACUGCUCUGAGCUGUCUUCUGGGAAUUAGAGUCCGAGUGUUAAAGAUACGAGCAGGACGAAGCACACCCGGCCUCAGGCCACAACAUUUAUCAGGGCUGGAAACUGUUCGAGAUUUGUGUGCUGGCCAAUUGGAAAAUGCUUCAAUUGGGUCUACAGAGAUAAAUUUUACCCCGGGAAGAAUAAAAGGGGGCUCUCUGACUGCUGAUACAAAGACUGCCGGGAGUGUGUGCUUAUUACUUCAGGUCUCCCUUCCUUGCGUCCUCUUUGCUGAAGCACCUUCUGAACUGAUCUUUAAAGGUGGCACAAAUGCAGAGAUGGCCCCGCAGAUUGAUUAUACCACAAUGGUUUUCAAGCCGAUUGCUGAACAUUUCUCCUUUAAAUUAGAUUGUGACAUCAGGAGAAGGGGUUACUACCCUCGUGGUGGAGGAGAAAUCUUAGUCAGGGUUUCCCCUGUCAAAUUCUUGAAGCCAAUUAACUUGACAGAUCGAGGAUCGAUCACAAAGAUCUAUGGACGAGCAUUCGUGGCUGGUGUCCUUCCAUACAAGAUGGUGAAGGAUAUGAUUUCAGCUGCAGUACGCUGCAUACGACGGGAGCUCAGGGAUCUUUAUGUGAAUAUCCAAGGUGUUCAAGAACCUGGAGACAAAGCGGUAGGAAAUGGCAGUGGGAUCAUAAUUGUUGCUGAGACAUCGACAGGCUGUUUAUUUGCAGGUUCAUCUCUAGGACGAAAAGGGGUACCCUCAGAUCGUGUUGGUGCAGAAGCUGCAGAAAUCCUUCUCCGAAACCUUCGUCAUGGAGGCUGCGUCGAUGAAUAUUUACAGGACCAGUUGAUCAUUUUUAUGGCCCUGGCAGAUGGGGUCUCACGGAUCAAGACGGGACCCCUGACCUUGCAUACACAGACAGCCAUCCACUUUGUAGAACUGCUUACCAAGGCCAAAUUUACAGUGACGAAAUGUGAAGAGCCAGGCACAGACAACUUUAUCAUAGAAUGUCAAGGAAUUGGUCUUCAGAAUAAGAACGUCUGACAGUCGCCUAAGAAUCCCGGAGAAGACGGCAGAACAGCAUGCAGUGAAGAAAGCAUGACACCAGGGGGCAGUGCACAUCUAGUGCUUUCUCACCAUGUUUACAGCUUUACCUUCAGUCUGAGAGAGAAUCAGAUUGUGUGCAUGAAACAGAGUUUAAUAUGUUACUGCUGAGAGAGUGAUAAGCACCAUGCCUCCAAAUAAACCGGGGAAGCAAAGUGAUGCUACAUUUGGAUUUCAGUUUAUCAGCGCACUUGAUUACUUGAAUGCCUCUUAUGUUGAUAUUUGCUCUCCUCUUUAUAAUUUAUUUUUAUUUAUUUUACACACUUACAUAGCGCUGACAUAUUCCGCAGCGCAGACAUUGUAAAAUAUAAGAGUGAAACUGGAUCGCACAUCCUCAAUAUUAUGCUUUUAUCUAAUAACGGCACUCAGCAUCAUUAACAUCGCUUCUCAGCGCAAUUUGUCGUAUACCUACCCCUAUGCUGCAUGCUGCAUGCUGUACAUGAGGCAUUAGUAUACAAUUUGAUAAAAAAGCAUAGGCCCACUCGCCACAACAAGGUUGCCUCUUUGAAUGGAAACCUACUCUAAAUUUGGCGCAGCGCUGUGUGGCGACCAGACAUUAGCAUUGGGCUGUUCCCAAUAGGGCUCAUUAUCUAAGUACUGUAAUAUUAUAAUUUUUUUUACAGUUUGCAAGCAAUGCCGUGUUGGGAUUUUCAGAAAACGAUGGUGUAAAUUGAUCCUGAGGCAGUGGGGGGGAAAUGAUCAUGUACAGUGUUUUUGAAUGUAGUUUUGCUGGGGGUGAUAUUGCCGUUAUUCGUGGCAAAUUUAUCAAAUUGUCGCGUAACGAUGAUAAAUUUGUUGCAUUUUUAGUUAUGUCUAGGGAUAUUUCAUUUUACUGUUACUAGAGAUGUCGCAAAAUGUAUGUAAAUCCUGGCCAGGCAGCAAGCUGCACCCAGUAUUACUGACUGAUCUGUAUGGCACAAAUGGCUCUAGUUUCUGGUGUAAAUGUGUCCCACUGUAGAUUGCCCACAAUUUUUGUGUAAAAUGCUCCAGAAAAAGGUGCAAAUACAUUUAUAAAUGUGGAUCUUUUUUUUCCCAAUCGUCCAUGACAGCCCCGCGAGGGAGGCGCCUCUGGUUUCCUGUCCUAGGAAGUAGAUCCUACAGGUGUGUCAGACAUAGAGGGGAGUAGUUUCUCCCUGUGCAACUAAGGAGAUUUUUAUUUCAGCUGGGGGGUGUCCACACACCCGGAAGACGCAAGGCUGGGAUUAGGAGCGGCACGGCGUUACUAGCGGGAAGCGCUUUACUAAGUAUAGGAAUUGGCUGUGUUCCCUUACUAACCGGUGAGCAGUCGGGACAGGUACCCAUGCGGUAGAGGCUGGGAAGGGGCCGGAGCCACAUUAUAAUAAAGGAGGACCGGCCUGGUGAGUUGCGUGCUUGCGAAACGCCGGGAUAGCGUGUGACAUCAUAAGAUCCUGCAAGAUUUCGUCCCUGUAUCCAGGAACUGCGGGAAAAACCGAUUUAAAUUCUAGUGCCCAGCUAGAAGCCGAGGAUCAUUGUUGGGAAAGGUCUGGAUCCAGGCUGUUUAAAGGUCAUGGAGAGUACUGAUGACCAGAAGGAACAGUCUACCCCGGCGCCUGUGGUAUGGAUGGAGGGUAUCUACGGUGAUAUGUUCUGUUCUAUUAAAUACUGGUUUUAUGGCAGUUUUGUUUUUCAGGAUAAACCUAAAAAGGCAUCCUCUAAGGCUACUUUCACACUUGUGGCAGAAGAUUCCAGCAGGCAGUUCCGUCGCCAGAACUGCCUGCCGGAUCCGGCAAAACAUGCAAACUGAUUGCAUUUGUC